AUGGCCGAGCAGUUCGUCUCAAUCGGGCACCAGACAAUUCAGAUUAAGCCUGGCUUCAACGACGCACUCCUGGAACUCAGUGGCCAGAGAGAAGAAGCGCAUUCCACCGUCUCAACAGGCAUGUGCCGUACCAAUUCGUGUGCGUCUAUUUUGUGGCAGGACGAUGAGCGCGAGUCCCACGAUGCAUUCCCGUUGGGUUCUGGCCCCGGCUGUUGGGGGGACAUAGAAGAUUCAGACGAUGAGGAUUGGGUCAAAAGCCCUCUGAUGUAUUCUUACAUCCAGAGCUCUGCUGGCGCGUCUAGGAGCCACUCUGCUUCCGUGUCUGCCGACGCGGAAGAGAAGACAUCCGCUCCGUCGGAAGCAGGUCUCGAUCAGACGUCGAGCGGGAGGACUCCUUUGCGUUGCAAUGCCUCGUUGUUCGUCCCGUGUUCUUCCCGGGUGUCGAACAUGUGCACCCAGGGCUUGUGUUCCUUCGAACACGUUGGAGCUCAUCGUUGCUUCACAGCUCCUGGCACCCUGCCUUCCCGUUCCACUGACGAUCAGAACACCACAGUGAUGAUGCGCAAUUUGCCGUGCCCGCUUCUGCGCGACGACCUGAUUGACGCGAUGGAUAAGCACGGGUUCGCAGGAUGUUACAAUAUCGUGUUCCUGCCCAGAGAUUACAACACUGGGGUGGGCUUGGGCUACGCCUUCGUGGACCUUUCCAGCAGAGAGGAGGCAGAUCGCUUCACUCUUGCAUUCGAGGGCUUCUGUGACUGGCCCAAGCCAUCCUCGAAGGUCUGCUCCGUCGUCUGGUCUCGGACACAGGGUCUGAGCGCGAACAUCGCGCGGUACCGGAACAACCCUGUGAUGUCCGAGGGGUUCCCAGACAGCUUCAAGCCCGUGCUCUUCGCCGGAAACGUGCGGGUCCCCUUCCCGGGACCGACCUGGCUGCCCACGGAGCCCACGGCGCAGCACACCGCCGCAUGUGUGCCCGGCCCGUGGCCUGCCGCGCGGCGCAGCCCGUGA